CUCCAAACCGGAAUGGACGAGCUCAUCAUUUCCCCCUCCUGCUCCUCCUCCUUGAACGCGCCGGCGGCCGCCGACCUCCAGUACCGGCUGCAGAGCUUCCUCCUCGCGCGACCUGAGUGGUGGGCCUAUGCCAUCUUCUGGCGCGCCUCCCCCGACCAUCGUGUACUCUCCUUCGGCGACGGCAACUUCCGCGGCGCCCGCAAGAGCCGGGGGUCCGACGACUCCGUCGACGACGGCGAGUGGUUCUACGUCGUGUCGCUCAGCCGAUCGUUCGUGGUGGCCCGAGGCGGGGACGCAAAUCCCGUCCCCGCCCGCGUCUACGGCUCGCUGGCGCCGGUCUGGCUGGCGGGCGUGCGCGCGCUCCAAGCGUGCGGGUGCGACCGGACCCGCGAGGCUCAGCUCCACGGCAUCGAGACACUCGCGUGCUUCCCGGUCCCCGGCGGCGUCCUCGAGCUCGGCUCCGCCGACUACAUCGCGGAGAACUGGGUCCUCGUGCAGCAGGUCAGUGCCAUCUUCAACACGACGCCCCACGACGCCGCCAUCGCCGGCGCAGAACCGACGGCCGCCCCGGCCCCUUUGUCGGCAGCGAGGAAGGAUGGGGCCGGUCUCUCCUCUUCGGUCGACUCCGAGCACUCGGACUCCGACUGCCACCUGUUGGCGGAGCGCCGCAGGCCCAAGAAGCGAGGGCGGAAGCAGGAGAGCGGGUCGCACGAGGUGCCAGCAAACCACGUCGAGGCGGAACGGCAGCGCCGCGAGAAGCUGAACCACCGCUUCUACGCCCUCCGUUCGGUGGUGCCCAACGUAUCGCGGAUGGACAAGGCGUCCCUGCUGUCGGACGCCGUGGCCUACAUCAAGGAGCUCGAGGCCAAGGUCGACAAGCUGGAGGCCGAAGCCAAGACUGCGAAGAAGGAGACAACCACCAGCACCACGACACACGGCACCACCACCACAACCACCUCAGCGACGGCGAUGGAGGUGGAGGUGAAGCUGCUGGGAGAGGAGGCGCUGAUAAGGGCGCAAUCGGAUGACCGGAACCAUCCGCCGGCGAGGCUGAUGGUUGCGCUACGCGACCUGGGGCUCCACGUGCACCACGCGAGCGUGUCCUGCGUCAAGGAAUCCGUGCUGCAGGACGUGGUGGUGGAGGUGCCAUGUGAGUUGCAGGGCCAUGAAGGCCUCAGGGCUGCGCUCCUCGCCAAGCUCCAGACAAGCUAAGCUGAGCUUAGCUGAGCUGCCACGUUACUUAGUGUCUUCUUCCUCUUCUCCUUUGUGCGCAUGUGACUCGUGCUCUUAAGGCCUCAGGGCUGCGCUCCUCGCCAUUGGGAUCUAUUGCAUGCGCAUGACGAGGAAGACGCUCGAAGGAGAUGGUGGAGUCUGUGUGUGCAUGAUUGAGGUAGGUAGCGCUUAGUUGGCAGAGGCUGUCGUCGUCUUGGAUACGUGAAACGACAAGGCUAUAACUUCUUUGCCGAUGAUAUGUAUCGAUCGGGACUUGUCCCAUCAAACUAAGACUAUGUGAUGGGUUAGUGAUACGGGAAUAAAGUUACGUAAGCUUUGGUUGCAACCGCGAAUGACAUUUAAAUGUGAUGAGGGGGACUAU